AAUAAAAUAAGAUAAAAAUCUUGUAUAGUUUGGUUUUGUAAAAUAAAAUUAGUUUAGUUUUGUGAAAAAAGAGCCAAUAUUUCGAAAUAAAGUUUAGUGCUUAACUAACCAUUUUUGCAAAUAAUCAUCACUUCAAACUCUAUGCUGCAAAACUCUUCACUAACGGGGCGAUUUAAAACGUUACAUAUUGACCAAAAGCUUUCAAUUUCACGGCGUUAAACGAGGUCGAAUAAAUAUUUGUACUUUACCGACAGUUAAAUGAUGCAGUAAAACCGCUAAUAAUUGUUAGCGAUUGCUGUAGUUGCACGAUCCUUUGUCGGAAGAUAUCAGAAAUAUAGUUAAAUAUUAUUUCGUUCCGACAUAUCGGUCAACAGGCGUUACCGCAGCUGUGUCUGAUAUUAAUUUGAAUUGAAACAAUAUAAAUAUGAGUGGAAACUCUAUUGGGAAGGUUGAGGAAUUUCGUCUGAAACGGAAGGUCGGAUUCUGGAGCGGUGUUGCUAUAGUUACCAGCGCCAUGGUUGGUUCCGGUAUUUUCGUAUCUCCGGGUGGAGUUGUAAGUGCUGUCCAUGGUAGUGUUGGGCUCAGUAUGGUUGUAUGGGUUGUGUGUGGAAUAGUGGCCGCCCUGUCCACACUUUGCUACUGCGAAUUGGGAGCAGCAUUGAAAGAGUCCGGGGGUGACUUUGUCAACUUUGAAAUCGCGUAUGGAAAGAUGGUUUCAUACAUGUAUGUUAUGACCUUUAUAUUUAUGGAUGUCGGUAGCGGUAUUUCUUUGCAAGUCUUCGCUGCUUAUUUUAUCAGUGGAUUUAUUGGUGCCGGGUGCAAAGCUCCCGAUAUUUUCAUUAAACUUGUGGCCUGUUUGCUUUUAAUAAGCCUGAGCUUCCUAAACAGCAGAAGCGUACGUUCGGUUGUAAAGAUCGAAAUAGUUUUCACAGUUGGAAAGUUCCUAGCAAUGUGCCUAAUCAGCAUUGGAGGGAUAAUACGUCUUGUAAACGGAGAUCCAGUGGGCAAAGAAAACUUUCAGAAUGCAUUUGCUAGCGAGGGCAUGGCAGGUAUUACAGCAGGCGACAUCGGAAUUGCAUUUUACCAGGGCAUGUUUUCCUACACCGGGUGGAUGGUUCUGAACACAAUAGCGGAGGAGGUAACGGACGUUGGACGUAAUCUACCAAGAGCAUCGUUGUUUUCUCUCCUCAUCGUAACUGUUAUGUACAUGAUUGUAAAUAUUGGCUACUUUUCAGUUCUUUCUGUGGAAGAAAUGAUGACGUCACCAGCGGUUGCCGUGACGUUUGCUAACCAAGUCUUAGGACCAAUGGCGUGGAUUAUCCCGUUUACCGUGUGUGUGUCAACACUUGGCAACCAAAACGGCGCAUGUCUUCUACGGGGAAGGUUGCCGUUUGUUGCUGCAAGGAAAGGAUAUUUACCAAAAAUAUUUUCAAUGAUUCAUGUGAAGUAUUACACUCCCGUACCUUCGCUCAUUCUUAACGCUUUUUUCGGCAUAAUAUUCAUAUUAUGUGGGGACGUCCAAUUUUUGAUCAACGGAUUCGGAUUUGUUAUGUGGACAGUUUAUGGUCUCAGUGCAGCAAGUGUUAUAAUUCUGAGAUACAAAAAGCCAAAUAUAACAAGACCUUACCGGCGUAACGCAACAUUGUCUUGAAAUGCUGAAACACAAAAAUCGGACUAAGUUUGCGGUCGAAGAACAUUUCCAUUGAAGAAUGAUCACCGAAUAAUUGGAGAAUAUGAAACUUACCUUUUUAUUGCAAAGCAUUUUCCAACAAGGAUUCAAUUUCGAUGGUAUCAGCGGCACUGAAUGGGAAAAAAGUUGUGAUUAAUAGUUUUUUUUUAAGUUGUUUUGAUUCUUUGCUUAAGUGAUAAACUACAUUAUUCACUCAUUCAAAUAUUGAAAUAGAGUAUUUUUCGCUAAAACAAACUACAUUCGUGAGACUAUACUUAGGGUCUGCUAUAGGUAGUGAAGUUUUAUUUACCAAAGUUUACAGAUGAUAUAGGGAUAAUAUUUACUCUAGAAUGCAACAAUAUAAAAAACUUACUCUUUUAAUUCUUUGGCACUCUUUUUAUUCUAUUGCCAGCUGAGGACGCAACGACGGCUUGUCCAGAAAUCCUUGUCUUCGCAGGUUGCAGUAUCUCAGAAUAUACCAUUUUCUUAAAAAGCUGUAACAGCUCAAGUCGCUCUAAAGGAAGCAAUGU